AUGGGAUCUGCAAUAGCACAAGGUUCGAGUAAUUCGAAGCGCACUGCUGCAGAUCAGAAGGAGAAACAAAAGACAACGAUCAAUAGCGACUCUAUGAUUGUUUCACAAAAGAGUCGGAUGGAGAAUCAGAAAAUUUCGAAAAAUAUCAGUAAUCGAAAAAAGACUCGAAAAAAGCGAACAUCACUUAUUUCUACAACGAGUAGUGCGCUUGACACAUCUCUGAGUGGAUUUGAAAACAUGUCUAUCCAACGCAAAAAUGUUUUUGGACAUACGGAAAUGCAGUCUGCAACUCAGGAUAACGGUCAUUUGAAUUGGAAAGUGAACGAUAUAUCGUCUGAAAUGAAUUCAGAAGUUCGUAACUUUUGGGAACAUCCGGUCUUGGGUUCUUCUCACGAAAAACGCUCCAAAAGGAACAAGCUGAAAAAUUCCUCGUUUCGUUUGGUAACUCUUGCUACAAGUACUUCCGUAAAUGAACAUGCAAAUGCUGUUGCAAGAUGCAAUGAGCCAGAUGUAAUAUCAUUAAGUGGUAAGGAAGGGAGUGAGAAUCUGGAAGAUGAUGCUGAAUUUACUUUAGUCGAAAAGGAUAAUGAUUUCAGUACGGAAUUACAAACUGCACCGCUAGUCAGCAAAGCAGUUCUAAAUUCUUUAACUGCUUCUAACGAAUUAGAAAGAAGCAAACUUGUAAAUAAUGCAGUUUCUGAGAAAACUAAUAAUGCCAGUGUUUUAGAAAAUGAAGGCAAUAGUCUAAUUCUAAGAAACAAGGAACAAAUGAAAUUGGAUGUAGUUUGCAAAGAGAAGAAACAGUUCACCACCAAAGUACCAUUAAGAAGUGGUCCACUUUUGAUUCGAAAAAAUUCUUUUGAUGGAUUUAAUUUAAUCCCUGGCACGCAUAAGUUUAUUCAAAAUGGCGAAAUAGAGGUGAAAAUUGAAAAGCCAAAAGGGAAGGAUUUUAUUCAACUCAUUUUAUUUGAAUGCUGUGGCCCGUUGGAAGAUCCUAAACAAGUCACUCGAGGUGGAUACAAGAUAUGUGCAUCAGCUGUAUUACAUGAGAAUACAUCUGUGGAAGUAAUACGUGCGGCGCUUGUUGACUUAGCUGAACAACUUGAGCGAAUAUCUCGUGAUUCGUUUUAUGGUGGCGAAAAGUUAUCUUAUUCGGUGAGUAAAUACUCUUUGUCUUACUUGGAGAAGCAGUACAUUUAUCCGCUGAAAAAGAAAUCUUCAAGUUUUCCACGUGCUCUCUACUACUGUCAGUUAUGCAAGUAUCAUAUCUGUUCAAUUUCUCAAGCAGUAACGCAUUUCUUGGCACAAGAACACAUUGACAACAAGGAAAAGACAGAGUCGCUAAAAAAGCUGGCAUGUUUGCCAGGUCCGGUCAGGGAGCAGAUGUUCAAAGUAGACCAGAUCAUUCGAGAAUUAUACAUUUUCACUGGACUUACGGAUGUACGGUGUGAAGUUGGGUCACAAAUCGCGAAUUUAUUAUCAGAUUUUUUACAAAACAAAGCUCACAGAAAUUAUUCGGUGAUGGUUUAUGGCUCAUAUCUGACAAGGCUAGCGACUGUGCAUAGCAAUCUGAAUUUAUCACUGAAUUUUCCACUGGAAUACUCGCUUGGUCAUGCAUUGUCAGAGGUCAUGGAAGUUCUAAAUGAUACAGCAUUAGAGAAAAACUUUACUGUCCAUUCUAUAACUCCCGAUUUUCAACGUCCGGAUCCUUCGAUUCACUGCAUUGUAAACUCCAUUGCCGUUGUUAUUACAGCAAAUUGCGUUCGACAGCAGCGUGCUACCCAGCUUGUUAAUUUAUAUUGUACAAUUUGUUCACAAUUCAGGAUUCUCGCUACUAUCUUUCGUUCAUGGGCGAACCUGUGUUCGUUGACCAAUAUACAGUUGGGUGGUAUACCGAAGUUUGCUUUUGAUAUUAUAUUAAUUUACUAUCUGCAGCACAAGGGAUUACUUCCUUUCGUCUUCGAGAUUCUAAGUGAAGAAGAAAUGCUACUGCUAGACAGUGAAAAUCUCGACUUUGACCAUCAAGUGGAUAAGAUAAAUACUGGUUUCGGUACUGGCAGUGAAAAAUGGAAUUUCGGCGAAAUUUGGAUUGAUUUAUUCCGUUAUUACGCUAUUGAACAUCCUGUUGAAGAACUAAUACAAAUACGUUUGAGAAAAAGAUAUUUGUCAGAAGACUGUACGCGUUGGAGCAAAAAACGGCUUGCCGUCGAAGACCCAUUUGCUCCGUAUCACAUAAUGCAACCACAGCAGCGCAUAAAUGGUUAUUUCUCAAGUUGCUUUUUGUUUACUUAUUUUCAUUUUGCUUUGCCGCGCACUAUUGUUUGUUCGCUAAUUCCAUAUUCCGUUAUAACACCCGGAACUGUUGCUGUGCAGACGAAAAAGAGAAGAAAACACAGGUCGAGAAGAACCACGCUGUUGAACGGUUCUUGUUCUGAUGAAGCUGCAGCAAAUAAUAAUCAACAAAUAAACAAAAGUGAUUUGGAUGACGUCGAUAAUUUAUAUCAAGAUGUAACUCUAGAAGCUAUCAGGUUGGAGACCGAUGUGAGCCCGCAAGGAAUUUCUGAAGUAACCGAAACUAGAUUGAAAGAUGUGAACCAAAUCUGGACAAACAAGGAUAUGAACGAUGAAAAUUCAUUACUAUAUGGGGAACACAAGGAUUUAGAAAUGUCAUUUUCUGAUCCUGUUACUUCGUGCCUGGAUUUGCAUACGUCUCAUAGUGAUUUGCAAAGAGAUGAUGCUGGUGAGACGUGUUGCGACCGUAAUGUGACGUCAACUUUCCAACAGCAUGGUAUCCACUUCAAGGAGCUUCCUUCACGAAUGAAAGAAUUCAAAUUGUCGGCGGCUGCUGUCCAAAAUUGCGGAAAUUUAUACAUCAGGGAAGAAUAUAAAGGAAGAGAAUUGGCUGGGAACAGGCUUGCAAAUGCUUCGAUUUUGAAUAUUAAAUUUCAUGAUUAUGAUGAAAUGGCUAUUCGCAAGUUAUGGUUGACUUUAAAUAAUAAUGAUUAUGAUUAUCCAUGGGCUUUGCACUUCUUCACGGGCGGAUUGGAACCAGUGGUACGGUGCACAUGUUGUAAUGCAGAUGGUCAUUUGCGUGAGAACUGUCCUGAACUUGUGAUUCCAGAACCCAAAAAUUUCCCACCAAUGACUAAUGCACAAAAGAAAAUAAUUAAUCUUAUCAUCUUCGAUAUUUUCAAUACAAUGAGAAUAAGACCCUAUUAUGUGCAUCAUAUGUCAGCACUCUGCCGCGAACUUGAAGGUUCAGAUGCUGAUAUCUGUCUUCAGUUCGGACCAGGAGUGAGGCCUGAAGAUAUCGAUUCGGUGGAAGUCAUAAAUAAAAUAGCGGAAGUGAUUCGUAAAAUGCCUAAUGUUGUGUAUGUCUGCGAAAUCCCACAUGCUAAAGUACCAAUCGUGAAGUUUCGUUGCCGUAAUCAUUAUAAUCUUGAGGCAGAUGUGUCGCUAUAUAACGUGCUAGCGUUAGAGAAUACACGCUUGCUACGGACGUACAGUAAGCUUGAUCGUCGAAUACAUCAGUUAGGAAUAAUGACUAAAAUAUGGGCUAAAAACUGCGAAAUUGGAAAUGCAUCGAAAGGAAGCCUAUCAUCCUAUUCAUAUAUCAUCAUGCUUAUUCAUUAUCUUCAACGAACAGAUCCACCAGUCGCUCCAUUCCUCCAGGAAGUAGCACCGCCUGGAAGAUGUAGAGAACCAAUAAUAAUUGAUAACUGUGAUGUGUACUUUUGUAACUUUGAAGAUUUGGAAUGGACAGUCCACAAUCGGUUAACUGUUGGAGAACUGUGGAUAGGCUUUCUGGAUUAUUUUGCGACGAAAUUUGAUUUUACACGAGAAGUUGUACAAAUUCGACAAACUCCACCGCUAAUGAAGUUGGACAAAGGCUGGCAAUCCAGACCAAUCGCUAUUGAAGAUCCAUUUGAUCUCAGUCAUAAUCUUUCCUCUGGUGUUCAUUCCAAAACAAUGGCAUAUAUACAGAAAUCAUUUAUACAAAGUCGGGAAAAAUUUAAUACCUUAUCGGUCGUCCCAAAUUCAAAACUAAAUCACAAUUCACUUGUACUGUAUGCGUCUCUCCUGCUUUCAAGCUGUCGUGUGGGCAAUGGUCCUCCAUUGGAUCGCAACUGUUGCCACCGAUGUCGGCAGGUUGGACAUUUUGUGAUGGAUUGUCCUUUGGGAAUAAAAGAUAAGAAACGAAAUAAGUAA